CUACACAUAUAAACCGAAGUUGGGCCCGAAAGAGAUUUCAGAUAGCAAAGUUAGAAGAAAAAAGAAAGAAAGAAAGAAAGAGAAGAAUCCCAAAAAUGGUGGUAGAGGAAAAUCAAACAAUCCCAACAAACCCUAGAGUUGAAGAAGAUGAUCUCGAGGAGGGAGAGAUCAUCGCCGACGACGAUUCCAGCUCUUCUAACCCUGCCAACGCCCCCUUACUCCAUCAACCUCACCCUCUCGAACAUUCUUGGACCUUUUGGUUCGAUAACCCUUCCGCCAAGUCCAAGCAAGCUGCUUGGGGUAGCUCUAUUCGUCCGAUCUAUACCUUCUCCACCGUCGAAGAGUUCUGGAGCAUGUACAAUAGCAUACAUCACCCAAGCAAAUUAGCUCCAGGGGCAGACUUUCAUUGCUUCAAAUUUAAGAUUGAACCGAAAUGGGAGGAUCCUAUCUGUUCGAAUGGAGGGAAAUGGACAAUGACAUUUCAGAAGGGAAAGUCAGAUACUUGUUGGCUGUAUACGUUGUUGGCAAUGAUUGGAGAGCAAUUCGAUCACGGUGAUGAAAUUUGCGGUGCUGUUGUGAAUGUCAGAGCUAGACAGGAGAAGAUAUCUAUUUGGACCAAGAAUGCAGCCAAUGAAGAAGCUCAGGUGAGCAUUGGGAGACAGUGGAAGGAGUUCCUCGAUUACAAGGAAACCAUAGGAUUCAUAUUUCAUGAUGAUGCAAAGAAACUUGACAGAGGAGCCAAGAAUCGGUACACUGUAUGAUUUUGUAUAGUUUUUCUUUUCGUUCGUUACUACUACUACUACUAGCGCAGAGCAGAAGACUCGAAAUUGUUUUCUUUUAAUCUGUGAUAGCAUUCUAGACACUAGAUACUACUAGAGUGAAAUGUGACUGUUCUUUCUUUCCAUCUCUAAAGGAAAUGUUGUGGAAUGGAUCUCGGUAUUACUGAUUAGUUUUCGAACAAAUUUUGAGUUACCCUACUUCGAAUGCAUACAAAUUUUCUACUGCC